CCCCUCCCGGCGCGGUCCCCUCACGGCGGCGGCUCCAUUUUCUCGCGCUCCCGCGGCCCCCGCGCAGCGCCCGCUCCGCUCAGCCCCCGGCCCGGAGAGCCCCGCCGCGACACCGCCGCGCCGCCAUGAAUGAGGAGUACGACGUGAUCGUGCUGGGCACCGGCCUCACGGAAUGCAUCCUCUCCGGGAUCAUGUCCGUGAACGGCAAGAAGGUCCUUCACAUGGAUCGCAACUCCUACUAUGGAGGGGAAAGUGCAUCCAUUACCCCCCUGGAAGAUCUCUACAAAAGGUUUAAUCUGCCGGGGACUCCACCAGAAUCCAUGGGGCGGGGAAGAGACUGGAACGUGGACCUGAUUCCCAAAUUCCUCAUGGCUAACGGUCAGCUGGUCAAGAUGCUGCUCUACACAGAAGUGACCCGUUACCUGGACUUCAAGGUGAUCGAGGGCAGCUUCGUCUACAAGGGGGGCAAGAUCUACAAGGUGCCCUCCACUGAGGCAGAAGCUCUGGCAUCCAGCUUGAUGGGGCUGUUCGAGAAGCGCCGGUUCCGGAAGUUCCUGGUCUACGUGGCCAACUUCGACGAGAACGACCCCAAAACCUUCGAGGGCGUCGACCCCAAGAAAACCACCAUGAGGGACGUGUACAAGAAGUUCGACCUGGGCCAGGACGUCAUCGACUUCACCGGCCACGCCCUCGCCCUCUACAGGACUGACGACUACCUGGACCAGCCCUGCCAGGAGACCAUCAACAGGAUCAAGCUGUACAGCGAGUCCCUGGCUCGGUACGGCAAGAGCCCCUACCUGUACCCCCUGUACGGCCUGGGAGAGCUGCCCCAGGGCUUUGCCAGGCUCAGCGCUAUCUACGGAGGCACCUACAUGCUGAACAAGCCCAUCGAGGAGAUCGUGAUCGAGAACGGCAAAGUGGUCGGGGUGAAGUCUGAAGGGGAGGUGGCCCGCUGCAAGCAGCUCAUCUGCGACCCCAGCUACGUGUCAGACCGCGUCACCAAGGUGGGCCAGGUGAUCCGGGUCAUCUGCAUCCUCAGCCACCCCAUCAAGAACACCAACGACGCCAACUCGUGCCAGAUCAUCAUUCCACAGAACCAGGUCAACCGAAAAUCAG